AUGUCUUUAACCUCGGAAGAAAAUUCGAAAUAUUCCAUAAUCAUUGAUAGAAUUCUCAAAGAGGGUGAUCUCAGUACUAUCUCUGCGAAACAGAUUCGUAAGGAUCUUCAAGCAGAAUUGGGAUUUGAUCUUUCCCAUCAAAAAGAUGCCGUUAAAGCUUUGAUCCUGGAAAGAUUUGACGAAGUCUCGAAACACACUCAGGAUGCAUCUACCCCUCCACCUGCAACCAAUGGACAUGCUAAGAGCGAACACAUCAAAGAUGAAGGAUCGCAGACUCCCACCUCAAAGCGCGAAGUUGAUGGUUCCGACGAAGAUGAGAAGCCCAAGAAGAAGAGACCGAAGCAGGACGAUGAUGCGAAGUUGGCGGCUCUACUACAGGCGCAAGAAGACAGCAGGUCAAGAUCGACUAGAGGAGGUGGAACGAAACGAAGCGCAGGCGUUAAGAAGAGCAAGAGUACACCAAAGAAAAAGAAAUCUUCAGCAAAGGUCAAGGCAACAGAUGAUAGUGACAUCGAGUUAGGUUCAGAUGGGGAGCCUAAAGAGGUCGUCAGAAAGGGCGGGUUUCACAAGCAAUACAAUCUAUCGGCAGCUUUGGCAGAUCUAGUAGGGGAACCAACAUUGUCUCGGCCACAAGUUGUCAAGAAGAUUUGGGAACAUAUCAAAAGUCUUAAUCUUCAAGAUCCUAGCGAUAAACGACAAAUUAUAUGCGAUGAUAAGAUGCAAUUGGUUUUCAAAACGGAGAGAGUUCAUAUGUUUACCAUGAAUAAGCUUCUUGGUAAACAGCUGUACCCUGUUGAGGAGGAAUAG